CCCAGCCGCCUCCAAGUGCGUGGUACAGUUCGAGCCUGUAACACCGGCGUCACCCGGGACCUUAGGUCGCAGGGAAGACUUCGGUCUCGCCCUCCUGCCUAUGCUAAGAGCUGCUUCUCCCCCAUCCCACCCCUUCAAAGUCCUGUCGUGUGCACAGCGCACAUACCCAUCCCUCGCACAUACAGUCACUUCCAACCCCAGUCAAACUCCUAACCCUUUCCCAGUUUUUCCCCCAACCCCUCCACAAUCCAACUCCACUCCUUACCGUGAUCCUUGUGACUAAGUGGUUGCGGGCCCGUCCAUCACUUAUUCUCUGAUGAUGGCGGGUAGGAGUAAACAGUCACCUGCGCUAGGACCUGCGCAGUCGAGCGCCGUAAGUGGGGAUGAAGGAAUCCUGGGGGGUUGAGCCAAGCGGCGCUGGCGGUAAUGCGUCCGUGCGGCAACACGCCCCCUUUGGUCUGGAUUUCACGCGAAACGGUUGCCCUACCUUAGAGCCAUGGGUUAGGGAAAUGGCCAAUCGUGUCCCGUCAGAGGGCCACAGGCGAGGGACGUGGGGUCCGCGAAAGCCGUCCUUGGGCGGCCGUAGCGGUGGUGAAGGUCAUGCUGACGGUGCAAGUGAAGGUUGGAAGUCGGGACUUUCUGCUCCAGACUCCAGCCUGAUCGAGUGCCCGAUGUCGCACUGUAAGCCAGCCUCGCGUUCCUAUAUCUACCGGGUAGUCCUAGCGUGCCUACCUUCAGUAGGGCGCUCCCAGUUGCGGGCUCCAUGGAGGGUGGGAGCUCGGUAGAUGAAACUAAAAUAAUCAAAAAUAUGGAUAACAAUAAAAUAAAUUUUACCGGCGUAAGGGUGGAGUCAGCGAAAGCCGACGACACUCCUACGACCUGCGCGAACACCGCGCAUUCUGCCCCCGUGGGCAAAUGCGACAAAGGUCCAGGCAUGGCGAGAACCGUGCCGAAGACCAAACGUCAAAGCAGGAGGAAGGGACCAGGUAAAGCUGGUACCGACUCCACAAACAGGGCGAGGGUUAUAGGUACGGGUAAAACCAGUACCGACCCAAGCACCCCCGUGACGGUUCCGUCGGCGGCUCACCCCCUCGGCGGUCCUCACAUAACACAGCACACCGAGCAAAUUGCUCCACAUGCCGGCACCUCCGGGCCAUCUGCCUCCGUCAACGCGGAUACGGUAACCCGGACUGAGGACUACUUCUCCUCCGCAUGGCAGGUGCAAAAACGCAAGGGCAAGGGGAAACAAACUCCACAACCCCAACGCCCUAACCAAAACCAACAUGGCGUGAGCUCCAAGAAGAGGAAGAUCAACCCACGCCAGCGCAGGCGAGCGCGCAUGAACGCGAACGCCGCGCCCGACACACCAGCUCUACCCGCUGCCCCAACCUCCGGCCAGCCAUGCUUCUGUGCCGGUGGGCGUACACAGGCCCAGGCAGGCGAAAGCCGACCUGGACCGAGUGGUCGUCCGCCGGGCGCGGGGGCCGGCAGGCCGGUGAAGGAAGGGGACGAAACAAUAAGCCCUGCAGGUGAGGUACAGACAGCUGCCAAACGCGCUCUGAACGAGACACUUUCGCCCCGUGGGAAGCGCAAACGACAGUGCCUGGACCCGUCCAAGCGGGCCACUCCUCGGGUAAGCUACGCUCAAGCAACCAAGGAGUCCCUGUGCAUCGCAGUUACAUGCGGCCACACCGGGAUCCUAACAAAGGACGUAGCGGACACGAUACUGACGGGGAUACAGAAGACCAUCCUAAAGGAGGCAUGGUCCCCGAACAACAAACAACCGGGGCCAGCUUUUAGUGGUAAGCCGGUUUACACAGAAGGCGUCCUGAAGCUGUGGUGCUCCAACGACCACACUUUGACAUGGCUUCAAAAAACCAUCGCCGACUUGGCCCUUUCAACCGGCCACCAGCUGAUCAUCAAGAGCCAGUCGGAAAUUACACGAAGGAUCAGGUGUGGCAUCCUGAUCCCUAAUGAACAGGGGGCCAUCACCGACUCGCGAGACAUCGGGCGGAUUCUGGCAUACCAGAACCCGCAGAUCGCGGUCGACAGGUGGGUGCUCCAAAGACAGGAGAAGCAGCAAGGCGCCAGCUUUGUGGUGGUGGGAAUCCCGGAGGAACAAAUCGCGACCCUGAUGAAGUCCGGGCGCCGCCUCGCCUUCGGGCUGGGUGCGGUGUACGUGAAAUUCCAGGGUCACAACGGCAAGUUUGCCGAUACUCCGCCGGGAUGGGACCCCGCCACUUUCACCAUCCAGAAACAGCCUGGCACAAGUACCACGACCAGCGAGGGCGCUGGCCCCACCGAGGGCCCUGCGGUGCCCGUACCCGCAACCGUCCCCUCACAGGACGACGACCCGGAAGAAGCCCUUCUGACGGGUUCAGACCUGGAGGGGGACGAAGUCGAGUCCGGGGACCUGCUGGCCGGGCUACAGCUUGGAGGAGACGAGGAGGGCGCAAUCUGCGAUGGCGUCCCCUUCUUCGUCGACAAUUAAAAUCCUCCAAGCAAACCUCCACCACAGCCAAACCGCGACGGCUCAGCUGCGCAAAUGGUUGGAGGUUCAACACACGGCCAUUGCCCUAAUCCAGGAGCCGUGGGUCAGGGCCGGCCAAAUCAGAGGACUCUCCAAUCUUGGAGAGACCAAUCUGCCAUCUCAAUACAGCAACCUGCUUUAAACAUGGAGAUCACCCUCGCCUCGGUAUACAUGCCCGAAGCAGAGGAGCCUCCUCCCUACGACCUCGCCCGCCUGGUGAAUCACUGCGAGAGAGAAGGGAAGGAAGUGAUUAUCGGUACUGACUCCAACGCACACCACCCUUUGUGGGGAAUGGAUACACACAACGAUAGGGGUAAGACCUUAUUUGAUUACUUAUUCACAACCAACCUAUCACUAAUAAACACUGGAUCAGAACCAACUUUCGUCACUAGACGAAGUCAAACAAUUAUAGACCUGACUCUCGCAUCAGAGAGCGUAGCGGAGCUAAUCACAGGAUGGCAUGUCUCUAAGGAGGCAUCUUGCUCAGACCACAGAUGGAUCCGCUUUGACCUACAGGUCUGUAUACAAGAAACACCACCGAAACGGAACCCACGCAAUACGGACCGCGCGACGUACACCCGUACGCUCAGCACCAAACUUGCGCAACUCGGGGACCCUACAAAUUACGUGGACACAGAACAAAUUGACGAACAGGUAAGCUACCUCACACAGUCAAUGAUAGACAGCUAUCAAACAGCCUGCCCCGAAACUGCAUACCAGAAAACACCAGGGAAACAACCAUGGUGGGGUGCGGAACUAGAACGCAGGCGUAAACAAGUGAGAAAAACUCUAAACAGAGCAAUGAAUACAUGUGCCGACGAGGAUUGGGACGACUAUAAGGCGGCCAAAUCAAGGUACAAGAAAUGCAUCAGAUUCCGAAGUACCAGGGGAUGGCGCAAGUUCUGUGGUAACAUCGAGUCCUGUCAACAAGCAAACAGGGUAAGGAAAAUCCUAGCACAACAAAACACACCUGGUCUGGGCACUCUCCGAAAACCAGACAACACACAUACCACAUCGCCGGAAGAAACGAAGCGCGUCCUAAUUGAGACCCACUUCCCAGGAUGCGUUUUCACGCAAAAUGUAGAAUGGCAUGAGGUAACACAAACACCAACUGAAGAAGAUUGGUCAUACGCACAAAAAAUCGUCACAAUGGAAAAACUCCAUUGGGCAAUUCAAAGCUUCCACCCAUACAAAGCAGCAGGUCCGGACGGAAUCUUCCCAGCGCUCCUGCAAUGGGGAGGACCAUACAUCUCAUAUAGACUAUUAAGACUAAUGAGAGCAUGCCUGGCUUUUCGAUAUGUCCCCAAAAAAUGGAGGGAGGUCAAAGUAGUCUUUAUCCCAAAGCCAGGUAAAGGAGACUACACAAGCGCAAAAUCUUACAGACCAAUCAGCCUGACAUCCUUUGCUCUAAAAACCCUGGAAAGGUUAUGUGAGCGAGAGCUGAGGGACGGUGCGCUAAGAAACAACCCCCUGCAUCCGAAUCAGCACGCAUAUAGCUCGGGGAAAUCAACAGAAUCAGCGCUUCAUCUGGUAGUAAGCCGGAUAGAGGAGGCAAUAGAACAAAAAGGCAUCUGCCUUGGCACCUUUAUAGACAUUGAGGGAGCCUUUGAUAAAACAAACUUCGUUAGCAUAACAACGAGCUUACUCAGACACAGAGUUAACCCGAUGCUAACUGAUUGGAUCACAAACAUGCUCAGCAAACGCGUGGUACGCUUUGAAGAUGAUGACAAAUCAGCACUAAUAGCCAGAGGAUGUCCACAGGGAGGGGUACUGUCCCCGCUCCUGUGGAAUCUAGUGAUUAAUGAUCUCAUCACAAAACUAAACGCAAACCACGACUACACAAUAGGUUAUGCGGAUGACCUUGCCAUCCUCAUCUCAGGCAAGGUAACUGACACUAUCUGCAACCUUACUCAACAGGCCCUACGAAUCGUAGAACAGUGGUGCAGGGAAUUUGACCUUUCAGUAAACCCCACCAAGACUGAGUUA